AUGUUUCAACUCCUGCGUGCUCUAGCUUUGAUUGUCGUUGUCACGCCUGCUGCGACCCAUGCCACUUCAGAAGGCGAUCCAGCCUUGGCCAACAUCCCCAGCGACGUAGGUCCAGGCGCCACCGCGCCAGUGCGACCCUUUCGGCUUGAGCAAGUACGACUUGGCAAAGGUUUGAUGCAAGAGAAGCGCGACCGAGUGAAGAACUUUGUGAGGACGUAUGACAAACAGCGGUUUUUGGUUCUUUUCAACCAAGUAGCAGGGCGGGCCAACUCCAGCUCCCUCGAUCCGCCUGGUGGGUGGGAAGAUGGUGGGCUGCUAAGUGGUCACUGGACUGGGCAUUAUAUGAGCGCGCUAUCCCAAGCCUAUGUCGAUCAAGGCGAGACGAUCUUUAAGAGCAAGCUGGACUGGAUUGUAGCAGAAUUGGCCGCGUGUCAAGAAGCGUAUACCGCGAAUCAGCGAACAACUCACCCAGGCUAUUUAGGUGCUCUUCCUGAGGAUACCGUGCUCCGAUUUGGACCCCCGCGUUUUGCAGUCUACGGAAGCAAUCUCACCACCAACACGUAG